AUGUAUGUUUUGGGAAUGGGUCUGGUAGACAUAAUAGUGUCCCUGACAAUUGAUCGUGCUCUGGUUACUUCUUGUGGUAUUUCAGAGUGUAUUUACUGCUUAACUAGUGUCGGUGUUACAAUUAUGACAUCAAGUCAUAAAUUAGCUUUAGGACUUCCUACUAAAUUAGCUCCAUAUCGAUCUGACACAGUUUACCCGGCAAUGAUAGCUACUACGCUAUCCCAAUAUGAAUAUGUUCUUAUAUGUGAUAAAUCCAACAUCCGAGUGUCUGGAUCACCACACUUCUCUAUAGGCUUCACAAAAGCUUUUUGUACUACUGAUCAGUCAUAUCUGUGUACAAAAAGACUUUUCUUUAUAGGAGGUCCCAAGAUGUUGGUGGACAAGCUGGUUUGUGCAUCUAUAUGUGAAGAAAGACUGGGAUGUAUACACUGCACAUAUACACCUUGGAGACAGACUUCAAAAACAACUCGUAUUUUUGCUAUUGGGCAUUUAAAGAGCUUAUUGAAGUGGUGCAAGCUUCCCGAAUUUCAGGGUUCUAUGCUUUUUGAGAGUGAAAAAAUCGGAUAUUUUGAUUAA